AUGUUUGUUAUCGGUGUCAUGGUGGAUAUCAUUCCUCAAGUACCUGUAUGGAUACCUUGGACGUUCUCUUUGCAAGUGGAUAUUCUCGUGUGUGCUAUUUCAUCAAGACCGGAUUUAUUUAUUGCAGUGCAUGAUGUGUCUCUCAUGACGCCUACCCAAGAAGGUCGCUUGAUGGCAGCUACUACUGAUAUGGCAGAUGUUUAUUUGCUAUGGGUAGAACGGGAUGGUGCCUUACUCUCUUGUUCGUUGGAAGUUAGACUGUUACUCAGUGGCCUUGUGGUAGAUAUGGGAUCAUGUAUUGCUUUACGCUCUUAUGGGUCGGCCUCUGUGGGCGUGGGAUGCUAUCCUUUUAUCAGACCGAACAUGUUGGCUCGAGCAGCACCUAUAGAAGAUGCUGUUGUUUACAAUGGCAGCCCCCGUUAUCCGGCUUGGUGCACCGUAGGGGAGAGGGUGACGGCAAAGCCUUCGCGUGGCCAUCCUUGUCAGUACAUGGGUUUCCAUGGAAGCUAA